UACCAGAAAAAAUAAAGUGGAAACGGAAAAUCUUACAGUACAAAAUGGAUAGAGUGAGACUGACCGUGUGAAUUGACCAGUCGGAAAUGCUACACUGUCCGGGGAUUAUCCGAAAUUCAAGACCCACAAAUACCGAAGCAGUAGAUACGUAUCUUUUUAACUUACCUAAGCCAAAAUUGAAGCAACGUCAUUCCCCCAAUUGAUUCAUUUCAGCUUUCAACAUUUGGGGAAAAAAUACUUACGAUAAUCGGCGAAUAUGCCUCCUACCGACACUCAACAUCGGCAAGAGUUUGUUCAUCCAGCUGCCCAACAUGCCAAAAUGAAGUAGGUGAAUGAAUGCAAGAGCUAGAUGAUCACCGGUACGCUAACACCCUAGCACAAGAAUAUCGCCCUUUAUGAUUGAACCGAUUAAAGCGUUUUAUGUCUUUCUAAUUGCCAAUUUUGUCGCCGCUUUAUACGCACCGAUUCAAGAUUGUGACGAAACCUUUAAUUAUUGGGAACCAACCCAUUACCUUUCUCAUGGCUAUGGCUUACAAACUUGGGAAUACUCACCGGAGUUUGCCAUUCGGAGUUGGUUUUACGUCGGACUGCAUGCGAUAGUUGGAAAUUUCAGAAGAAUAUUACCCCAAUCUACCAAGCUUGCCGAAUUUUACUUCGUUCGAUAUGUCUUGGCGUUUAUAUGUGCGUUAUGCCAGGUGUUGCUAUUCCGAGUCAUUAGCUUCACCUUGAAUCCUCGGAUUGGUCUCUUCUUCCUUCUUGCGACCGUUAUGUCGCCUGGGAAUUUCCACGCAAGCGUAGCCUACUUACCGUCCAGUUUCGCUAUGUACACCUCCCUACUCGGAGCUGCUGCAUUUAUGAACUGGAGAGGGGGGCUCAGGACUUCAUGGGGUAUCUGGUGGUUCGCUGUCGGUGGAAUUCUUGGUUGGCCUUUUGCCUCGGCUUUAUGCGCCCCCUUCUUGAUUGAAGAGGGAAUAUUUGCCGCCAUCACUAUUCUGCGCGACCGAGAACAAUUCUGGGGGGCAGUUCUUCGUGUUGGAAGAGGUGUAGUUGCGGCUCUGCUGUUCGUCCUCGGCGAUGCAGCCAUCAAUACUUUCUUCUACAAGAAGGUUGAAGUGGUCGCAUGGAAUAUUGUGAAAUACAAUAUUUUUUCCUCGACUGGUGGCCCCAAUCUUUAUGGAACAGAGCCGUGGACGUUUUAUUUCCGAAAUCUUGCGAUAAACUUCAACAUGUGGUUCGUUCUAGCUUUGUUGUCACUACCACUGUUUCUUAUACAGAAAGCUGUGUCGACGAAGCAACAUGGGUUUCAAUCUGGGAUACGCACCAUCGUAUUUCUCGCUCCUUUCUAUAUGUGGCUCGGCAUAUUCACUCUCCAGCCGCAUAAGGAGGAGCGGUUCAUGUACCCUAUGUACCCAUUCCUCGCUUUGAAUGCAGCCAUAGGACUGCACAUCAUUCUGUCCGCUUUUGGCAAUUCCGACCCGAAAACGUUUGUCGGAAAGAUUCCAGCACAGUUCAAACUCCUCGUCGUUGUAGCUACGCUAUUAUUAUCCCUUGAUAUAGGUGUAGCUCGUAUCGCCGGUGUGUACACCGCCUAUUCUGCGCCACUUAAGCUGUAUGAGCCACUCGGAGCUGGGGUGGUCGGCCAACAAGGUGUGGGUGGACGUGGUGAUCACGUGUGCUUUGGGAAGGAAUGGUACCGCUUCCCUAGCUCUUACUUCUUACCUCGCGACAUGCAUGCGAAAUUUAUUCGGUCGGAGUUCCGUGGUUUACUGCCUGGUGAAUUCGCCGAGGCACGAACUGGUUUCGGAUUUUGGAGUGGUACGUGGUUACCCGCAAAGGGGAUGAACGAUCGCAAUGAAGAAGACGCCAGCAAGUACGUGGACAUUGGACAGUGCUCUUUCUUAGUCGAUACACAGUACCCCGAGAAUCAUCACCCCUUGCCGUCGAAUGAGCCGGACUAUAUUGCGGACGAAGACAAUUGGGAGAUUGUCAAAUGCGAACCUUUCUUGGAUGCGGGAAACACCCAUCUCCUUGCAAGAGUCCUUUGGAUUCCUGAUUGGGGCUUCAUCCCAGAGAAAUUUAGAAGGAAAUGGGGACGACACUGUCUAUUGCAGACGAAGAAACAUACCUAGAUUAUUGGUGGGAAAAAGCGGAUAUCAGCAUAACGAAUAACGAGAUCAAAAUAGCUACGAGCCUUGAUUCGACCACGUCCCGAGCGCCCGGUUACGGUUAACUCGCUUGGUGUUGCGGGGAAGUAUGGAGUCACACACACGUCAACAGGGCUGAGGAUAGGCUGUGCCUCCGUUCUGCGCCGGCAUUGGGAAUAUAUCUGCGGCUCAAGCA